AUGGAGAUCGCUGAUGCAGCCCAGCAGUUUCAGUAUGCAGUGAGAGUUAUUGGAAGCAACUUUGCUCCCACCGUUGAACGGGAUGAAUUUCUUGUGGCAGAGAAAAUCAAGAAAGAACUUGUGCGACAAAGAAGGGAAGCAGAUGCUGCUUUGUUUUCAGAACUCUACAGAAAACUCAGUUCACAGGGCAUUUUGAAAAACAAAUGGUCAAUACUCUACCUCCUGCUUAGCCUUAGUGAAGAUCCACGUAAGCAGUCUAACAAGGUAUCAAGUUAUGCCACACUUUUUGCUCAAGCAUUGCCACGGGAUGCUCACUCAACCCCUUAUUACUAUGCCAGGCCUCAAAGCCUUCCGUUGAAUUACCAAGACCGCAGUGCUCAGUCUGCCCAGAGUUCUGGCAGCAUGGGGAGCAGUGGAAUCAGCAGCAUCAGCCUGUAUGCCCUGAAUGGGCCAACGCCAACUCCGCAAUCACUCCUUCCAGGACAAUCCUAUCAAGCCCCAGGCGUUGGAGAUUGCCUCCGUCAACAAUUAGGGUCACGUCUCGCAUGGACUCUAACUGCAAGCCAGCCUUCUUUACAAAGCACUACCUCAAAAGGCUUUUCAAAUGCUGUCUCCCGUGGUGUGCCAAGGUCAAGACGAGAAGGGGAUGCAAGUG